AGAGGGGGAACCACCGCUGAUGAUGAUGGGCUAACGCGACACAGCCCCGCCAAGGACGUCGCAUGUUACGCGCCCUCAGCAACGUCAACGUCGACGUCGUCGCCAGCCCGGAGCUCAGCUUACCUACCUCGCUCCCCUGUCCGUACCUCUCGCACCACGCACGUCUUGGGUCCGCUGCGUGUCCAACACAAACCAUCCUUUUCCUGCUCUGUCGCAGCGCUUCGGCCACAGCUAUCUUCGCGCUCUUCCCCCCUCCUUCUGCUCUGCAAAGAGUCCCGCGGAGAAGCUCGUAAGCCCGCCGCUAGCUGCCGUACGCAAGCUGCGGCCAGCCUUGAUUCCAGAAGGCGCAGCUCACAAGAAAAAGACAACGCCGCCUCCGCUCCCCCUUCGACUGCUACCGGCGCCGACAUCACGUCCGGUUUAGAUCCUACUUUGCCGCGCCAUCCGCCAUGGCGUCGUUGAACCUGUCCGUCAAUGGACCCUCCAUAAAGAGCAGCUACAGCGGCGUCGUCAACGGCCAGCCGCCAGCAUCUGGCUCGCCCACGUACGCUCAAUGGGCGCUCUUCUCCGUCCAGGCGCCCCUCGUGAGCGCCUUCCAAGAUAGCGGCGCCAAGGAGAGUAUCCUCAAGGUCGAGAGCACAGGCGAUGGCGAGUUGGCCGACUUGAUCGAAGACUUCAAUGAAGGCCGGAUUCAAUUCGCCUUUGUCAAGGUCAAGGACCCCAACACAGCUCUCCCUAAGAACGUCCUCAUCGCCUGGUGCGGUGGCGGCGUCCCGGAGCGUACCAAGGGCUACUUCACCAGCCACACGGCCGCUGUUGCCAAGGUGCUCCAUGGAUACCACGUCCAGAUCACUGCGCGUUCUGACAGCGACCUCGAACCCGACUCAAUCAUGAAAAAGGUUUCCGAUGCAUCCGGUGCCAAGUACUCGGCUGGCGGCUCCGGCGGUGCUUCACCCUCUGCCCCGCCCCCCGUCAAGUCCAAACCCGUCUUCACCCCUACGGCGUCCAGCUCUGGCCGCGCUGCCAACCCUCUUGUUGCAGCCCGAUCAAGGAGAGACGAGAAUGUUGACGAGGAGGGUUGGGGUGCCGAUGCGCCCCCAGUGACGAGGACCCAGAUCGAAAAGGUCGAGUCGGCUUACAAGCCGACCAAGGUCAACAUGGCUGAGCUCACCAAACAAAAGCAGGAGCCUUCCCGCAUUGUUAGUAGCCGCCAGCCCGAAGAACCCGCCGAUGUCGUCAGGGGAGGCUAUCAACCAAUUGGGAAGGUUGACAUCGCUGCGAUUCGUGCGGCAGCCAAGAACAAGGAGGAUGACCGGCCGACUCCGGUCAAGGGCUCGUAUGAACCCGUUGGCAAAGUCGAUAUCGCCGCAAUCCGCGCAAAGGCCCAGAAACCUUCAGAGGAGCCCGCGGACGAUGCCCCUGCGCCGAAGCCCGUCUCUGACCGGGCCGCUGUCUUCUCUCAGCCUAGUCAAUCUGAGCGCAUCACAUCGCUGCCGAAACCCAAGGUUGCCAACAAAUUUGGUGGAGCGUCGAGCUUCACCGGCACCAAGGCGCCAACGCCAGGGGGGCUUGGGUUUGGAACUGGCGCAGCUCCUACUCCGGCGCCAGUCACAUCUACAAGCAGGACAUUUGCAGACCAGGGAGGCAAGACGCCCGCCCAGCUUUGGGCGGAAAAGAAGGCAAAGGAAAGGGGCGGUGAUGUUGGGACUGCGGCCGCGCCGGCUACUGCAUCCCCGAUUGCAUCGCAGACGAGUGGCGGCAAUGAGUGGAAGAGCGGCUAUACUGGCAAGUCUUGGGCACCGGUACAGACUUCUGGCUACAGCCGUGGUGGACCGGACAGUGUGAGUCAGCAAAACACUGGCGAGGAUACGAGAAACGUCGAGGAGGAGCCCGCGGCCACGCCCAUCUCCGCUCUGCGUGACCGAUUCAAGGACACGGCCCCGAUCGGUGCCGCUGCGAUCCCGCCUGCAGCGAGGGCUGUGGAGGAAGAACACGAACCCGAGCGUGAAGCCACGCCGCCUCCGCCUCCGCCUGCCAGCUCGAGACCCUCGGGCGGAUUCGCCCUGCCUGGCCUGCCUAGUCGACCACCCCCUCCCGCCGAGGAGGAGGAUGAGGAGGAGGACUUCCGAGCUGACGAGCGCGAACAUUCGCCCAUUCGUGUGGCUGCCCCCGUGGGCCGUGGUGCCGACUCCGUGACGGAACCCGAGGCUCGUCCUGUGCCACCUCCGGUGCGCCCCAGCGAAAUCGACGUUCCCCAGGAAGAGGAUCUGCCAGAGCAGGAGGAAUCGUCCCACCUUGCUCGCGGGGCAGCAGGUAUUGUUGCCCAGGAGACGUUCCAGCCGGAACAUGGCACGGUGGAGCAGGCUGAGCAGGGCGGCAAGCGCGCCGUGAUUCAGUACGACUACGAGAAGGGCGAGGACAACGAGAUCGACCUGGUCGAGGGCGAGUUCGUCACCAACAUCGACAUGGUGGAUGAGGACUGGUGGAUGGGCACCAACUCCAAGGGCGAGAGCGGUCUCUUCCCCAGCAACUACGUCGAGCUCGUCGAGGACGACUCCCACGAGGCUGCCGCGCCCGCACCUCCCCCCGCACCUGUUGCGGCGCAGGCAGCCGUCCCGCCCGCGCCGGAGCCCGCCCAGUCGGCUGGUGCCGGCCCUACUGCCACGGCCCUCUACGACUAUGAGGCGGCCGAAGACAACGAACUGAGCUUCCCCGAAGACGCCAAGAUUACGAACCUCGAGUUUCCCGACGAGGAUUGGUGGUUCGGGCACUUCAAUGGACAGUCGGGCUUGUUCCCGGCCAACUACGUUCAGCUGGACUCGUAAGGCCGAGGGUCCCGCAGCAUAGGAGCGGAUAAUUGGGCAAAAACAGUUGAUGUUGAGCAAAGCCCCCAAAUGUCCGAUAUAUUUGUGGUCUGUCAUUGCAUGCAUGCAUGGUAUUGGGGCAAGAUAGGAGAAAAGUAAAGAAAAAGGAUCGAAUCCGUAUUGUGAAUGCCAGUGGCUUUGCUGCCUUACUCCCCUGAACAUCCUAAGCCGAACAUGAGCUCGCGGCUGACCCCAUCAUCGCGACGUUUCGUUAGACGGUAGGAUAACUUGAUCGGGCGGAUGCAGAGCUUGCGUCUGCUUGAAUGAGGAAAAAGGAGAU